AACAAUAGAUAUCCCUGGGUGUGUCCUUAACAUGAGACAGAACAGGCCAAACAUGAUUCAGACUUUGAGUCAAUACAAGUAUCUUCACCAAGCUUUGGUUUAUUCAUUGACUCUUGAGUGUUCGAUGGUAAAACGAGAACACUUCCAUGAAUAUAUGGAGAAAUCCGGAAAAGAGGAGAUAAAGAAGCAGCUUGAGAAAAUGGAAUUGGUCCGGGAGCAGAAGUCCGAUAAGGAAGUACAGGCUAUGAAAAGGAAUCGGCUUCUCACAAAAAAGAACAGGAAACACGCUGAUAUACCAGGUGACUCCAGCAGACCACGUCUCUAUCUGUGUUUACAACCCGGCGAGCCUGAUUACAUCAAUGCGAUAUACAUCGACAGUUUUAAAAUAAAACACCGCUUCUUAGUUGCACAAACACCUCUGCCGGACACAGCUGGCGAUUUCAUUUCACUUGCUGUUCAAGAAAACUGUUCCUGUAUCGUUAGUAUGGAGGCACAUUUGGAAAAACACGUUGGGAAGGGCAUUGGCUUAUAUUUUCCUGGUGCAAAUCAAACAAUGAAGGCUGGUAUGGUUUCCGUACGAUCCACCACAGAUCAAAGUUCAAGACACUUUGUAAAAAAAAUGCUGCAUUUCGAACACGCAGAAAAGACCAAGACAGAUGUGACCAUUCCACACUAUGAAUACCUAGACUGGGAUACAGAACACAAUGUUCCUAAGAAGCCCGAACACUUCGUUGCCUUUAUCAAAGAGAUUGAAGACGUAUCCAAGACAUCUCAUCUUAAGGGACCGAUACUGGUGCAUUGUAGGAACGGUGCUGGAAAGAGCGGCAUAUUUUGUGUUGUCUCGACAUUACUUGAAACACUGAGUGAAGAUAACAAAGUCAGUGUGGUCAAUGUCGUGAUGAAAGUCAGAGCUAGAAGACAGCUCGCUAUUCCAAAUAAGGAGCAAUUUUACUUUUGCCACGAGUGUGUUCUCCAUUCCGGGAACGCAGCAGAUAACGCUGAGUAUUACAACAUAAGUGGGGAUAUCCAGAGGGAAUGAACAGUGCUGACCAAUUCUGAACAAUGACAUACGUCCUCCUACCAUUGACACGAACACAUGAUUAUAUAAGUUUGGUAGUUAUUUGAUGACAUGCUUAGCUAUGUUUUACAUGAUUCACGGAACACUAGACUUUCAUUUGUCAAUAUAAACAUUGUAUUGUAAAUAUAUUGUAACUAUUUUCAUAAAAGACUUCACGUUUUGGUGCUUUUCCAUUUAAUUAUGUACAAAUAUAAAUCAAUUGGAUUUGCUUUCAUAACAUAUUCACAAAGUCGCGAGUUUACCAUUGGCCGACACACAUAGGUUUUGUAGUUUUAUAAUGACAUGCUAAGCUAUGCUUUUCAUGAUUUACAGAACAUUAGAAUUUCAUAUGUCAAUAUAAACAUUGCAUUGUAAAUAUCAUUGUAACUAUUUUCAUAAAAUCGUUCACUUUUUGGGGUGCUUUUCCAUUUUUGUACAAACAUCAAUCAAUUUUAUUUCAUUUUAUAACACAUUCACAAAGUCGAGAUAGUUUACCGUUGCCCGACACUCAUUUAAUGAAACUAACGCCUGGGUGGUUUAACUUUCGCGACAAAACCCUAGUGACUACACAAAGGGCGGAGCUAUUGUGUCAACUUAGCAAACAUCAACUAACUUAGAGUUCAAUUUGGCGAUCUACAGGAAAUGGUGCGAGGUUGGUCCAUGUUCUGUCGGUCGUCAAAAUGAACUCGAACGUAUAGCUAAUGCUCAUAUUAUUUUACCAUGUUGUAGAGUGUUGAAUUGUUUUGAUUUGGCACCCAAUGAUAACUGAACGAAAAAUAAGAAUGCUUAAGUAUUGGAUAAGAAUAUUAAAAUCUAGUAAUACAUCAUUAAUCAAAAAUACAUUUGAAAUGUUAAAAAGUGACGUUGACAACAAUAAUACGUACAGUGGCAUGAAUUGGGCAUAUCAAAUAAAGAAAAUAUUAUAUGAAAUUGGAAUGUCAGAAAUUUGGUUAAAUCAAGAUAUACAACCGAUUUCGAUCGAAAUAAUACGACAAAGUUUCCUCACAUGAACUAUUAAUCGAAACAGAAAGACAUGAAAACAUCCCAAGAACAGAUAGAAUAUGUACCUUUUGUAAUAUGAAUGCCAUCGAAAAUAAAUAUCAUUUUCUUUAAGUAUGUCCAAAAUAUCAUAACCUACGAAAACAAUUUUUAACCAUACUUUUGCCAUUGGCCAAUAAACA